UAGCCCGUCCCAACUUCCGGCAAAACAAAGCGAAACGGUCGCAACCACUGCAGACUGCAGUGUGAACCAACAACGAAGGGGACCUCCCACCUCGCAUUCCUCAUUGACUAAGUGCAGUCAAGACGACUGAUUUCAAAAGUAGUUACAGGUAUACAAGAACAAGAAGCCAGUGUGAUGGGCAUCAGGAGAAGGCAGUAACUACCCAAACUGAAUCAUCAGAGAGACAUGUCAUAGUUUUGCUAGAGUUACCUGUUGUGCAGCGUUUAUGAACUGGAGUUGAUGUCGGCAUCAUGGUGGGGACGCUACUGAGGCAGAUUUCUUCCAGUGCUGACUUCUCCAGGCUAAAGAACCGACGGGCUCUGCCUGGUGAGCAGUAUCAGCCUACUGAUGUGGAGCACCUGGCCAAUGUCAUCUCACACGGGGUGUGGAUCUUGCCAAGUUUUCUAGCGCUGUGCUUCAUGGUAUGGACGUCGGCCAAUGGCCUGCAGCUGACCACCACUCUUGUCUACGGCGGGGCUCUUGUCCUGCUCUUCAGUACCUCCACGGUGUUUCACAUCCUGUCCUACACUGGACGGUUCCCGGAAUGGAGACUGACCUUCCAUAUAGGAGACAGAGCUGUCAUUUACAUCUUUAUAGCAUCAUCGUAUACACCAUGGCUUCUCCUGAAAGAAUAUCACUCCUGGGCGGAGGAGGCGCUGUGUGUUGUAUGGAUCAUGGCCAUCCUAGGGGUCACCUAUGCUUAUGUCUACCAUGAAAAGUACAAGUGGCUGGAGAUUGUCUUUUACUUGGCCAUCGGUUUCUGUCCCGCAAUCUGUAUUGUAGACAUGAAGGACUGGUCGGGCCUGUUAGAGCUCAGCGUAGGAGGUCUCAGCUACAUGUUCGGUGUCGUCUUCUUUAAGAGCGACGGAGUCAUCCCCUUUGCCCAUGCCAUCUGGCACUGCUUUGUCUUCGUGGGGUCCUUCUGUCACUUUAUCGCCAUCUGCACACACCUCCUUGGGGCCAAGAUCCCGGGCUUCUGAUUGGCUGACAUACUAUGUCUUAAAGGAUACAGGAGUUCUUAAUAGCUGAGAGCAUCUGGAAACAUCUAUUACUGGCAGCCUUUUUUUUUGUGGUAGAUGCACACUUAGUCUUUGAUGAAUCGAGGUAUCUCAAGUACUUUUUAGAGCAUGCUUUUUUUUUUCAUGGACUAACAGGUUUUUAUAAAAGAGGGAAGUCUACUUAUUGCUCAACUAGUCAAAACUAAAUUCGGUUUACAGGAAACUCAGAACAUCAAUCUCCUUUGAAGAUUCUGGCUUUCAGUUGACAAAAACCUGUCUGCACACAUAUUCUAAUUAGGAGAACUGGUUUUAUUUCAGAGUUCAAAUAUAAAAUUUGUCAUCUUUGUUAAAAGGGAAUUCAAAGUAGGGGCAAUGCUGUGUGUGAUACAUGUCUAUAGUGCGGUCAAAAAGUUAUUGCCAAAUAUCUCCUCAACUAUUGCACAUAGACUAUCCAGCUUUUGCACAAUAAUUUGUAUCAGUUUGUUCUGUCAAUGUUUGUGUAAACGACUGUUACCUGUAUUCUGGAAAAUUCCUUAAUAGAUACUAAUAAAAAA